AUGAAGUUAUUAUAUAGAAAGCGUGAUAACGAUAAGAUGAUUAUCGGUUUAAUUACAGAAGAGGAUGAUGAUUUGUGGGGAGUGUAUAAUUUGUUAAGUUUAAAUGAUGAAAUAGAAUCUUUUACUUCAAGAAAGGUUCAGAAAGAUAUUGGUAAUAAUUCUUAUGUAACUGAAAUAAGAAAGUUGAUGUUAACAUUGUGUAUUACUAAGAUUGAUUUUGAUUGUGAAAAUAAUAGUUUAAGAGUAUCAGGAAAAAAUGUAAAAGUAAAUGAAUAUGUUAAGAUUGGUCAGUAUCAUACAUUUGAUAUAGGUGUUAAUGAUAAAAUAAAAAUUAUGAAAAAGAACUGGGAUCAUAUAUAUAGAGAAAAAUUAGAAGAAUGUACUAAUAUAAAGAAUAAUUGUGAAAUUGCUAUUUUAUUAAUUGAUUGUGGUCGUGCUAAUAUGUAUUUACUUACACAACAAUUAUAUAAAACAAUAUUUAGUAUUAAUAAGAUAAUACAUAAGAAAAAAGACAAAAAUAAUUCGCCGUCAUAUAAAAAAUCAUUAGAAAGUUUUUUUAAUAAUGUCAUAAAAAAUUUAUAUUCAAGUAUUAAUUUUGAGAAAAUAAAAUGUCUGGUUUUAGGUGGUCCUGGUUUUUUUAAAAAUGAUUUUUUUACUUAUCUGUAUGAAAAAUCAGAUAUGAAGAAUGAUAAGAAUAUUCUCACAUUAAAAAAUAAAUUUUUAAUUGUAAAAACAUCGAAUAUUUUUAAAAAUUCUUUAAAUGAAAUAUUAAAUGAUGAAAAUAUGAAAAAACAAAUUUUAAAUUUGAAAGUGGUAUCAAAUGUGGAUAUUUUAAAUAAAUUUUAUAAAAUUUUUGAAAAAGAUGAAGACAAAAUUUGUUAUGGUCCUGAUGAAGUGAAAUAUGCAUCGAAAAUAAAUGCUAUAGAUUCAUUAUUAAUAACUGAUAAAACAUUUAGAAGUUGUGAUGUUAAAACUAGAAAGGAAUAUGUUCAGGUAGUACAGCAUGUAAAAAAUACAGGAGGAAAAGUUUAUAUUUUUUCAGAUAAUCAUACAUCAGGUGAACAAUUAAAUUCUUUAACAGGUAUUGCAGCUAUAUUAAAGUUUCCUAUUUUUUAUGAUAUUCAUAAGGGAGAUGAUAAGGGACAAUAUAUAAAAGAAGAUCAUAUUAAAAGGGAAGAUACACAAAAAGGUGAGUAUAUGAAAAAUAUAUGA